AUGGCGCUGCAGGCCCCGACGUGGCGCGACACGCUGCACGCCGCGCUAUCCGCUGGGUGCGCGUGCGUGCCGUGCCUCGCUGGCGCGAGCGCUGGGCGGGUGGCGCUCCCCGACGACGACGACGACGAGCAGGGCCAGGGAGGACGGGGCCAGAGGACGGACAGCGAGGGGCGCUAUGUGGCGAGGCGAGCCCGGGCGGACGAGCUCGAGGGGCUGCUCGCGGACGCCGGCAACGACGACGACGCCGCCUGGGGGAGAGGAGGGGCAGGAGAUGCGGCGGCGGACGCGGACGCGAUAUCGCUGCACUCGCACCUCGGGCCACGGGGGAGAAGGCGGGUGCCGCCCAAGACGCCGCGACACAUCUCGCUGUGGGGGUGGAACCUGUUUGGGAGUGGUAGAGCGAAGGGCGCGGUGAGGCUGGAGGGCGAGGAGGGCACACCUGGGGAUAGACGGAGUUUGGGGUUAACACGGAGCGGGAGCACGACGGACCUCCUCGCGAGCGCCGCCCAGGACGCGCAGCCGCGCGAGCUCACCGAGGCGGACGUGGAGCGGCGGGCGCAGCGGCGGGCGCGGAAGGAGAUGCGCAGGAUGGCGAAGGCCGUCGCGCGCAGCCUCCCCAGCGAGAGCAGCGACCCGCCCUCGCUGCCGGGGACGCCCGGGUACGCGGGCAUCCCCGCGCCGUUCCUCCACGUCGAGACCGCACCGCCACAACCGCAGCCCACCCCGAUUCCUCUAGAUGAUGACGACGAGGCGGACCUCGACGGGCUCUCAUAUGCGCGCAGGGCACCGAGACUGUCCGCGGGCGGCUCGCAGACGCAGUCCCGGUCGAGCGGGCGCAGCUCGGGCUCCGGCGACGGCCGCCCGGCGUACCGCGACGCCCCGCCGUAUUCCCCGUCGACGCCGUCACCAUUGGUCGGCGCGCCGCCCAUCCCGAAGACCCAGUCGUCCAAGAAGAGCAAGUCCAAGUCUAAAUCCGACCGCCGCAGCACCCGGUCGAAAUCCAGCGCGACGAGCUCGACCCUCGCGUCGCCGUCGACCGCCACCUUCCCCUCGCCGCUCAACCCCGCUUCACAAUCCCGCGAGGACUUCGGCGGGUUCGUGCAGGGUAAAGCGAGAGAGGAGUUCGACGGCACGCCGGGUGGAUUUGACGGCACGCCCGGCGGGUUCGACCAUGACGACAGCUUCGACGGGACGCCCGGCGGGUUCGGCCCCGGACCCGGGCCUGAAUGGCAAGAACAAGAGGAGGGCGAGGCGGAGGUGGUCAGGGAGGCGCUCCCGAGUGCCGGCUUGUCGAGCGGGAGAGCAAGGAUGGGGAGUUUCAAUGGGAAAGUGGGAUUUUGA